GUUUGAAGGCAUUCGCUAUGAAAGCCUUCGGCGGCAAUUGAGAUGGGAAUGCCUUGAAGAUGCUCUUACCCAUUGAAUUCCUCAACAAGACCAACGGGUAUAGGAAAAGUGGUCAAUUCCUGACGGUCGCCGCUGGUCACCAGCUCUCGUUACCUCUUGUCCCAUUCGAUGCUCCUGUCGAGAGUCUCGCAGGCUUAUCAACGUGCUAUAACGAUCGGCGGCAGGUCGUGUCGACACCGCAACAACCUGCCGGCGGGAAGCAGAAAGUCAUUACUUACCAGAGGCGUUCGGGCGGUGGUCCAUCGGGAAACCUUCCGAAGAAGAAGGGGCUCGCCAGACCUCCUUCGGAUCUUCCUGGAAGCUCGCGUUUUGGUGCCAUCUCGCGCUCGCGGGACACCGCUCAACGUGGAAUGGACGAGGAGUCGGACGAAGAAACGGGAGAAGACGAACUGGUUCACCAAUUGCAAUCGCGGUUGUUAGCGACACCUCGACACAUCAAGGGCGAAGGCUCUUGCGAUGUUGGAGGAGGGGCAGACCAUAUGGAGUGGGAAAAAGUUGCGGCGGGCGAUGGGGUGGGCGGUGGUGUUGUGCGUGGUUCGGAAAUGAGAGACGAGGAAUUGGAAGACGAAGGAGAAGAUGUGGAUGCUUCCGCGGGGCUUGCUUCCAAGGGGAGGGUAAAACGCACUGCACAAUCGUCGCCGAAGCCUGCUGCGCCUAAGAAACAGGCUCGAAGAAAAGCUGUGGACGAAGCUCGGGUCGCCUUGGAUGCAUCUCAAGGGACGCUUGGUGACGUCGAUGUGAAAUGCAAAUCAAGUGCUCGGAUUCGCAAAACGUCACAACCCAAGAAACCCGUGCGGCCAUCAAGGCAUCAGAAAUCGGACGACUCCAGCGACGAUACUGAAGGCGUGGCCCCUCGCUUGCUCUCCCUCCCUGACGAUGACAAGCAGGAGACGAAGAAACCCAGUGCGGUCAACAUGACGCAGUGCUUCUUCCUCGAGUACGAAGACGAUGACAAAAAGAGAAGAGACCCGCCUAGGGUGGUGAUUGACGUCGUGCAGAUUCUUCCAAUUCCGGCGGGAGAUAUAACCUUCAACCAGCGAUCGCUGAACUUGGCAAUCGUUGCAGGCAUCGAUGCGGCAAUCGAGGCAUCAACUCGUCCAAGGUCCGCGGAUGAUCCGGCCCCGUGGGAUCCACCGAAGUUGGUGCUGGCUCCGAUUAUGCCAUCGCUUGAGCAUCCGGACAGCCAAGGGACACGAGUCCUUUCGCAGGACUUCGAUCCCGAUAGCGCAGACGAGUAUUUUUAUUACCCGGUUGCCGGUCAACAUACUUCCGAAGCUAUGAAAAGAGCAGUGGCGAGGGAAUCUGAAGCCGUUGAGGUGUUCGGCUUUCGGAAUUAUGAUGGUGUACGGAUCAUUUAUUUCGACGACGACCACACGAACGGGUAUUGUAUGUUUCGACAUACGACAACACGAGAGCUGACCGUGCUAUGUUGCCGUCGUUCCACCAAGCCUGCCAGGACAUCAGAGGAUUUUGGGACUUGAAGAAACGGAUCGGGCCAGUGGGGAACGUGUCCAAAGGGGAUCCCACCGGUGUGGCGCACCAGGAAGAGUGGAGGUAAUUUUUGAGACUUUGCAUGGGAAAGUCAUGUGAAAAAUCGCUGUGGACGAAGUCUUUGUCUCCGAAGUGGAAAACAGAUUGGACGAACAGAAUGAGGGGAUACAUGAAUGUCGCCAUAUGCAAGGACAGGAUAUGGCCAUUGGUAAAGGAGUUUUUUCAGAAGUUCGAGGCAGGGGAGUUGCCGCUACACGACAACAAAUGCCCGAAGGACUU